AUGGACGACAAGGAUUUUCUUGAUUUCGGCAAAACUACGAUUGAUUUUAUUGCGAAUUAUAUUAAAACAUUGAAAGAUAGACCUGUACUUCCUAACGUUGAACCUGGUUAUCUCAGUCAAAUGAUACCAGGAGAAGCGCCUGUAAAAGCUGAGACUUGGCAAGAGGUUUUCAAAGAUAUUGAAAGAGUAAUUCUACCUGGGAUGACACACUGGCAUUCACCUCAUUUUUACGCAUAUUUUCCCGCUGCCCCAUCGUAUGCAUCCAUCGUUGGUGAAUUGCUAUGCGCUGGAUUAGGAGGCGUUGGUUUUUCUUGGAUAUGUUCACCUGUUUUUACAGAAUUAGAAGUUAUCACAUUAAAUUGGCUUGGAAAAAUGUUAAAUCUUCCAUCCGAAUUCUUAAAUUGUAGCAAUGGUUCCGGAGGAGGUGUUAUACAGGGUUCCGCUAGUGAAACUACAUUAAUCUGCUUAAUAACUGCCAAAGAUCGAAUAACUCGACGUAUGAAAAGUAUUCAUCCCGAUUGGGAUGUGGGCAUGAUUAGAUCCAAAUUAGUAGCUUAUAGUUCAGAUCAGGCAAACUCGUCCGUUGAAAAAGCGGGACUUUUAGCCACCGUUCAGAUGAAACUUUUGCCAUCAGACGAAAAUGGAAGCCUUCGUGGUGAUACAUUAUUAAAAGCAAUUAAAAAUGAUUUAGAAAACGGUCUUAUACCAUGUUUCGUUUGUGCAACUUUGGGUACUACUGGUACUUGUGCUUUGGAUAAUUUAGAUGAAUUAGGACCUAUUUGUAAUCAAUACGAUUUAUGGCUUCAUGUUGAUGCCGCAUAUGUAGGUGCUGCAUUUGUUUGUCCUGAAUAUCGACAUUUGAUGACAGGUGUUCAUUACGCUGAUUCAUUUAACGUUAAUUGUCAUAAAUGGAUGCUCGUUAAUUUUGAUUGUUCUGCAAUGUGGGUAAAAGAUUCCAAAUAUCUCAUCGAGGCAAUGAACGUUGACAGAAUUUAUUUGGCACACGAUAAACAAGGUGUCACACCUGAAUUUAGACAUUGGCAAAUACAAUUAGGACGUCGUUUCCGUUCUUUAAAGCUUUGGUUUGUAUUACGUCUUCAUGGGAUAGAAGGAAUGCAACAACACAUAAGAAAUACUGUAUCAAUAGCAAAUAAAUUUGCUAAAUACGUUGAAUCUGACAAAAGAUUUGAACUUGUCACGAAUAGUAUGGGUCUAAUUAGUUUCCGAUUAAAGGGAGAGGAUGAUUGGACACAAGAACUUGUUAAACGUUUGACUGAAAGGAAACGCAUUUUUGUUAUUAUCGCUACAUUAAACGAUAAAUAUAUCAUUCGUUUUUGCAUAUGCAGUCCGUUAUGUCAAGAAAAAGACAUUAAGUUUGCUUGGAAUGAAAUCAGUGAACAAGCCACGGAAAUACUUCAAGCGAAGCACCAUCCUGUAAAAGAAAAUUUAAAUCAACCAUCCGUAAAAUCGUAUGACGAUAUUACACUCAGAAUAGAGAAUUUAAGUCAUGAGUCCAAGGGCAUCUAGCAUAAAAUCACAUAAUUUCAUCUUUUACUUCGUAUUUAAUGUGUAAAAAUACAAAUAUUCUUAUGAGUUUCGAUAUGAUUUACAUAAAUAAUUAAGAGAACAAUUUCAUGUAUAAGUAUAUUAAUUAAAAUAGAAUCAUAUCAUAACAUAAUAAUAAUAACAAUACAAAUAAUUAGUAUAUUAUAUUAUUGUUUACUAAUGGAUUAAGUUUAAAACUGUUAAAUGAUUUUAAUCAAAUUGAUAAAUAAAUUUUGUCUAUGUGAAUAGACUUUUAUUACGGUUUA